UGAAUGGUUGUAGCAAACAGAUCUCGGAUGUGGAUUUCCGGUACGGGGAACCAUGUUCGCCCAAGGGCAGGACGGGAAUGCUCAACCGUCCAGAAAGGGAGCACCAGCUUCUUUUUAAAGUCCCAAGUAUCUGGACGUUGUGACUUUAGCCAUCACGGUACAAUUUGACGCGCUUGGAAACACCGAAGAUCUAGCACAGUCUAUACUUUACUCUAGCUAGACUACUGACAAAGGAGUCGAGAAUAUCAGCACGUGACUGACUAAUAAAGAACCACGUCAACAUGGCACCCACUGGAACCAUGAAGGCGGCUCAGUACGAUGCCCGAGACAACAAGGUUCACAUCAAUGAGGUUCCCAUACCAACACCAGGUCCAGGCAAGCUACUUGUUCAGAUCAAGUCCGCCUCAUUAUGUCACUCCGACGUUAUGAUGUUCGAGCCCAACGACCAAGGUCUUAUUCUGGGCAAGAAUCCAGUGACUAUGGGUCAUGAAGCCGCUGGCAUCGUCGUGGGACUGGGCGAGGGCGUCACAGACUUCAAAGAGGGCGACAAGGUUGGAUUUCUGCCUGCGAUAGACUGCUGCUUUGAAUGCGAGCCAUGUCGGAAAACGCACAACGCGUGGUGCAGGAAAGGGUGCAUGAUGCAAGGUUUUGGCGAGGACGGCUACUUCGCUGAGUACGCUGUUGUUGAGGCUAGGGGUUCGAUGAUUCUUCCAGACUCUAUUGAUAUCAGCACAGCCGGUCCGCUUUUCUGCGCCGGUGUGACUGCGUUUCACGGCGUCGAGGACUGCGGCUUGAAGCCUGGUCAGUGGAUGGCAAUCAUUGGCACAGGCGGUCUUGGACAUUUGGGUAUUCAGUACGCCAAAGCAAUGGGCUACAAGGUCAUUGGUAUCGAUCUAUCAGACGAUCAGCUGGAGGCCGCUAAGGCAUGUGGUGCCGAUCACAUAUUUAAUCCCGUCAGCGACAAAGACUACGUGAAGAAGAUCCUGGAGCUUACAGACGGAGGCGUAGACGCCGCAGUCAACUUCACGGCCAGCAAGAAGGCCUAUGAUGAUAUGCCACAGCUUAUCAAGCCUGGCACUGGUAUCUACAUGGUUGUUGGUAUUCCGCAACAGCCACUCACUAUCAACGCCCUAGACAUUGCGCUUGGCCGAUUCAAGGUAUACGGCUCGAACAACGGCAUGUCCUACAAUAUGCGGCCUGCCAUCGAGUUCUCCGCAAAGCACAACAUUAAACCACACGUGACAUUCUUCAAGCUGGAGCAACUGCCAGAAAUGAUCGAGAUCAUGCAUGCCGGCAAGACCAAGGGACGACUCGCUGUUAAAUUUGACUAAGAAAUUCCAAUGAACAGAAACAUAAAAAGAACUGAAUGAAUUCAUCAGUUCUUUUUUGCUUUGGAUACGCACCACCCGGCGUGUGUAUGGAUAUCUAUAAGUAGCCUAGGAAUAUACCUCAAGCGCAAUCAAUCAAACAAAUGAGCCUUUCUCGAGUUCUAUAUGCUUAUAUACGCUCCACGAAUCUUGCGAUAAACAAGUCACACUUGGGUUUGGACCUUCGUUUGUCAGUUGAGCUCCAUGCUAACCAGAAAUUUGAUCAAUGCAAGUUCUAUAAGACUACCCGGAGGACUAGGGACACGAUUAAAAAUCCCUCAUGAGCUGGCGGCAGCUGAUCUUGUCACACGUAAGUGCGGGUUCUACAUAUAGUUGCGAAGGUGGUCGUUUGGUCGAGACGAGAG